CCCAAAGUUUCUUCUUCACCUUGUCUCUUUUCACAGUCUCACACAGCAUAGAAAUAAUCGAAAGAUUUCUUUUUAAAAUCUGGGAUUUGUUUUUUUUGUUCAUUGAUCAUUUUCGAUUGUUAGAGAAGAAUCAAAUGGCGAUGGCUAUGGAUCGGAUCGUCUUCUCCCCUUCAUCUUACGUCUAUCGUCCUUGUCAAGCUAGGGGAUCCAGAUCUUCCAGAGUUUCCAUGGCUUCUACGAUUCGCUCUGCGACUACAGAGGUUACGAAUGGAAGGAAACUGUAUAUCCCUCCCAGAGAGGUGCAUGUCCAAGUCAAACAUUCAAUGCCGCCACAAAAGUUAGAGAUCUUUAAGUCUUUAGAAGGAUGGGCUGAUGAAACCCUGUUGACUUAUUUAAAACCUGUUGAGAAAUCGUGGCAGCCUACCGAUUUUCUUCCCGAACCUGAGUCGGAAGGAUUCUAUGACCAAGUCAAGGAGCUAAGGGAAAGGUGCAAGGAACUUCCUGAUGACUAUUUUGUGGUGCUUGUUGGGGAUAUGAUCACUGAAGAAGCACUUCCUACUUACCAGACCAUGUUGAACACAUUGGAUGGUGUUAGGGAUGAGACAGGAGCUAGUCCUACUCCUUGGGCUAUAUGGACCAGGGCUUGGACUGCUGAGGAGAAUAGACAUGGGGAUCUCCUUAACAAGUAUCUUUAUCUGUCUGGUCGGGUAGACAUGAGGCAGAUUGAAAAGACUAUUCAGUACCUGAUUGGUUCUGGAAUGGAUCCAAAAACUGAAAACAACCCUUACUUGGGUUUCAUCUACACAUCAUUUCAAGAAAGAGCGACCUUCAUCUCCCAUGGAAACACUGCCAGACUGGCGAAAGAUCGUGGAGAUUUGAAACUUGCGCAGAUAUGCGGGACCAUUGCUGCUGAUGAGAGGCGUCAUGAGACUGCUUACACCAAGAUUGUAGAGAAGCUCUUUGAAAUUGACCCUGAUGGCACGAUCUUGGGCCUGGCUGAUAUGAUGAAGAAAAAGAUAUCAAUGCCUGCACAUUUAAUGUAUGAUGGCCAAGAUGAUAACCUGUUUGAGCACUUCUCAACCGUUGCCCAGAGGCUCGGUGUCUACACUGCCAAGGACUAUGCUGAUAUUCUGGAGUUUCUUGUUGAACGGUGGAAUGUGGAGACUUUGACAGACCUUUCUAGUGAAGGACACAGGGCCCAGGACUUUGUCUGCGGACUACCUGCAAGAAUCCGUAAAAUUGAAGAGAGAGCUCAAGGAAGAGCCAAAGAAGCUGCCAAAAACAUACCAUUCAGCUGGAUAUUUGGUCGAAAUAUCAGGGCUUAAGAAGUUUACUACACAAUUCUCUUUCCAAUUAUCCCAAGUAAGUCAUAAAGGUCUUCACCAACCAUUUCACCAAUGAAGGACCAGUUUUUAAGACCACGAAAGUUCAUUUGAAUGUGUUUUGUUUUAUACGGAACAUUGUAGAUAAAGUUAUGUGGUUAGGUUAUGUUUCUUGUUUGAAUCAGUCAAGACCAAAGAAAAUGUGUUUGAGUGUUCUUAGAUAUUGUAUGGUUUACCAAGAACAAGACUUAAGAUUUUCCUUUACCUUUUUGAUUCUCUUUUUGUUGUAUCAGUCUAAAGAAUGUUCUCUCUUAAAUAAAGAGUGGUUUGGCAAUAAUGUUCUAGAGAA